GCUGCUUCCCAUUCCAGGCGCAGGGGCACAACAUGGCGGAUUAGGAGGCGACCGACGCGCCCGGAUACAGCGAACAAAUCGCGGGAUACCGAUUACCCGUCUCGUGGAGAGGGCAGGAAUAUAGGCUUUUCGGAAAGCUAACGCACACCUUUAAGAAUUUCCGAGACAUGCAUUUUGGAUACCAGUAAGCGCCUUCGCUGCGUUGCCCAACUCCAAAUUGGCUGUCUGUCCGAGAUCAUUCCUAUCACCCAGGCCCCCCACCCCGAACACACUCUCGGUUCCUGGGGUGUGGAGACAGGGGCCGGGGAAGUGGAAAACAAUCGCACUUUAUCUGGAACACCGGGCUCCGUAGUGCGGGACAGGGCUGUCAAGGAGAUCAUUGUGCGAAUGACUGAGUGAUGCAAGUUUCGUUUCUUCAGGGCAGUAUGGGUGUGUAUCCCCUGCUCCUGCUACUCCAUGUGGCCUUUGUGGCCCUCAGCACGGCCCAGACAAACCCUGACCCUUCAGGUGCAGUCUUGACCUCCAAACCUACAGACCCUCCUCCCACGUCACCUUUCAUCGCUGUCACCCAGACGCCCCCAUCAGCCACCAUAUCACUGACACCGUCCCCUGAACUUGUUGGAACAACAGUAUUAAAAGACUCAGAGGGCAUGGUGACGCCGGAGAUUCCCACAGCCCCUCCUGUCGUCCCCCCUCCAAAUGUGCUCGUCCCCACCGAAACGCCACCUGCCCCAUCAACUCCAUCUGCCGCCUCCCCAUCCCUCACCUCCGUCAAGACUACGGUUUUGUCUACAUCAGAGAUUCCUACAUCUGAUCUGACACCCACUCAGUCCUCUUCACUGCCCGAAACAAACACUUCAUUUGUCCCUACGGAUGCCACCACAGCUGACACCAGCAAGACUCCAGAUGAUGGGCAAGAUGACACGGCGAUCAUGGCGGUGAUGGUUGCCCUGUCUUCUCUGCUGGUCAUUGUCUUUAUCAUCAUCGUCCUGUACAUGCUCAGGUUUAAGAAGUACAAGCAGGCAGGGAGCCACUCCAAUUCCUUCCGCCUGACCAAUGGCAGAGCUGACGACACAGAACUUCAGAGUGUGCCACUAUUGGCUCGCUCUCCUAGCACCAACAGGAAGUACCCGCCCCUUCUUGUCGAUAAGCUUGAGGAGGAGAUGAACCGCAGAAUGGCUGAUGACAAUAAACUCUUCCGGGAAGAGUUCAACGCAUUGCCUGUAUGUCCCAUUCAAGCCUCAUGUGAUGCUGCCUCGAAGGAGGAGAAUAAAGAGAAGAACAGAUAUGUCAACAUCCUGCCCUAUGAUCAUUCUAGGGUACAUUUGACCUCUCUGGAGGGUGUUCCUGAUUCAGACUACAUCAACGCUUCCUACAUUAAUGGAUACCAGGAGAAAAACAAAUUUAUAGCUGCACAAGGACCAAAAGAGGAAACAGUUAACGACUUCUGGAGGAUGAUCUGGGAACAGAACACUGCCACCAUCGUCAUGGUAACCAACUUGAAAGAAAGGAAAGAGUGUAAAUGUGCUCAGUACUGGCCAGACCAGGGAUGCUGGACCUACGGAAAUAUCCGCGUGUCAGUGGAGGAUAUGAUGAUUCUAGUUGACUAUACUAUCCGCAAGUUCUGCAUUCAGCAGGUGGGUGAUGUGUCUGGUAAGAAGCCCCAGAGGCUGGUCACACAGUUUCACUUCACCAGCUGGCCUGAUUUCGGGGUUCCUUUCACUCCCAUUGGCAUGCUGAAGUUCCUAAAAAAGGUCAAGAACUGCAACCCACAGUAUGCUGGACCCAUAGUGGUUCACUGCAGUGCUGGUGUGGGCAGAACGGGGACCUUCAUUGUGAUAGAUGCUAUGCUGGAUAUGAUGGGUGCAGAAAGAAAGGUCGACGUCUUCGGGUUUGUCACACGGAUCAGAGCCCAGCGCUGUCAGAUGGUCCAGACUGAUAUGCAGUACGUGUUUAUAUUCCAAGCUUUGCUAGAGCACUACCUGUACGGGGACACGGAGUUAGAGGUGACGUCUCUGGAGUCUCACCUGUCGAAACUCUACGCUCCUUUACCUGGAGCUGGCUGUGGAGGCCUGGAGGCGGAGUUUAAGAAACUUACCUCCAUUAAAAUCCAGAAUGACAAGAUGAGGACAGGGAACCUGCCUGCCAACAUGAAGAAAAAUCGUGUUUUGCAAAUCAUUCCAUAUGAGUUUAACAGAGUGAUCAUCCCUGUAAAACGAGGGGAGGAGAACACAGACUACAUCAACGCUUCUUUCAUAGAUGGUUAUCGGCAAAAGGACUCGUACAUGGCAUGUCAGGGGCCCCUGCAGCACACCAUCGAGGACUUCUGGAGAAUGAUCUGGGAGUGGAGGAGCUGCUCUAUUGUUAUGCUGACCGAGUUGGAGGAGAGAGGACAGGAGAAGUGUGCUCAGUAUUGGUCUAGUGAUGGUGUGAUGGUGUGUGGGGACAUAUCCAUUGAGCUGAAGAGGGAGGAGGAAAGUGAAAGCUACACUGUGAGGGACCUUCUUGUCACCAACAACAGAGAAAAUAAGUCUCGCGCUGUGAGGCAGUUUCAUUUCCACGGCUGGCCAGAGGUGGGCAUCCCCUCCGACGGGAAGGGCAUGAUCAACAUCAUCGCUGCAGUUCAGAAACAGCAGCAGCAGUCUGGAAACCACCCAAUCACUGUGCACUGCAGUGCCGGCGCAGGGCGCACAGGGACAUUCUGUGCUCUGAGCACGGUCCUGGAGCGGGUGAAGGCUGAGGGCAUUCUGGACGUUUUUCAGACAGUGAAGAGUUUAAGAUUACAGAGACCACACAUGGUGCAGACACUGGAGCAGUAUGAGUUCUGCUACAAAGUGGUCCAGGAAUACAUUGAUGCCUUCUCUGACUACGCCAACUUUAAGUAAAGCCACACCCACCUGCAGAAAAUCAGACAGACUUUCCCAGUCAUGCACUCCCGUCCACACUUUCACGUAAAGAGCUCAAUGAGACGGACUGCCAGCGCAAAGCAAAAGGGAAUCAAAAAAAUCCUUUGGCCGGCAAGCACGAGAACACGUUGGUUGCCGAAGUUGGAAAGAAAACAAACAAACAAAGAAAACACCAUUAGAGAUGCCUUCUUGAAUAUUUUGUAAUAUUGCUCUUGUUAAUAAGGCCCUUACCCAUUUCUCUUAGUGUAAAUAUGUUCUCUUUUUUUUUUUUUUUUGGUUUUGUUUGUCUGUUUUUGGUUUUAGAAGCCGUUCUGUUGCGGUUUUUAGAGUGACCUUAUUAUAGUUUACUGGUAUAUAAAUGCAUACAUGAAUAUUUUAAGAUGGCGCUAUAGAGACAGACGUGAAAGAGCGGUUGCAAGAUGAGGGUGCUUUUUUUCACUGGGUGUUUUUACAAGAAAAUUCAUUUUUCUCUGCAGUUGAGUGACUGAAUGCAAUUUGAAUGGCAGCUCAAUCCCACUUUGCUGUUGCUUGUAGCUACAUAACGCACAAUGCGGCAAAUUCGACCAAUCGCAGAGCCACUGUAAACGCAUGCGUUCGCAGAAAAUACUCCAUUGUGCUUUUUGAUUGGGUUCACUGGAGUGACGGAUAACAUUCUGAGUGUUUAACAGGAACCUUUUUUGGGGGGCGUAUCUAAGACAUCCCUUAGAUUUGUAAGAUGUUUAGACUGUCAAGUGUGUCUUUGUGGUGUCAAUUUUGUUUAUCUUGCGUGCCAGACCCGACUUGUGUUCUGCCUUGUAGAGGAAGAUAAAGGAAACUUAAAAAGACAGAAAUCUAAACCCUGAGUGUUUAGAUCAGACUCUUCACAUCAUUUUUAUCCCUACUUUGCCUUGAAGUUAUAUUCAAUACAGCCCCAAAAAUCCUCUUUUCUAAAAGCACCUUCUGUUUGCGAUUGUAACAUCCCUGUAGAAGGUUGAUUGGCCUUAACAACUCUACUUGACAAUAAGGGUUCGUAAUGUACAGGCAGUUACUUUUCCUUCUUUCAAAGUUAAACGAUCCCGCCGGGCUGUCUACUUGCAAGGUAUUGGUGCAAAUUUAAUCCAGAAAGUUCUAGAAGAAAUGACACAUGAUCACCUGAUCAUCUGUUCCUGCCCAUGUAAAGGACUUCGGUUGUUGUGCAGAAGUCAUUGAGCCCUUUCCAGCUCCACUGAGCCAGUUAGAUUGAUACACGUUACUUUUCAGUCAUUUCAACUUCUUUAAAAAAGAACAGGUAGAUGGUAUAAAUAAGGUCAGUGUAGGAUGAUUGUCUUUACAUUUAGGUCAUUUGAACUAGUUAUGUGAUUAAAGCUGAUUGUCAGUGGAAAGAAAGUCAUUUUCCAGCGAAUGUUUUAUGUAGGUAAAGUCCUCGUUCCUCACUUCCUUGUGUCAGGAAACGUAAGUUAUAUGAAAUGUAUGUUUUAGCUCCUAAAUGUAUGUAAGCCCAAUGGGUGUCGCUCUAAAUCACACGCCCAUCAGUCAUUGCAUAUAACCAGGGAUCUCGAUGGAAACUGUUUUUGUUAUUUCAGAUCCACGACGUUACGGAUUACAGAAUUAUGGAUCUCUAGUACAGCUUCUUACGGGCUUGAUAUUCCAUGUAAUGCUGAUGGAUUUGCUUGAGUAUUGUGCGAGUCGACUGUUGCGUUUUUGUUUAAAGUCACACUAACCUUUUCCACAUGAGACACUGUGCCAAUAGCAGCCUCUCAGGGGCAGGAUCCUUCUUCAGAGGUGGGAAAGUGCCUCAUCACGUUCCUGUAGCUUCAAGCAUAUUCCCGCCAGCUCUUUUGUAGCCCGUGUUCUCCCAGUCCCGCAGACGGACGUUGUGGCCCAUAUGGCGUAUGAUAAUCUGUAAUGGAACCCAAACUGUUACUGUGUUUUUGGUGUGUCAGUUUUUCAUGCAUUUUUUUUUUUUCCUCCUGGAGAAGCUCCAGACUUCAGGUUGAAAUCCCUCAAAACUUAAGCUCUUAAUGUAUGGAGAGCAAUCUAGAUCUUCUGGUCGAGAAGGGAAGCCAUGUGUCUAGAGGCUCACUUCAUUCUCCUGUUGAAUGUGACAUUGAAACGGCCUGCUCAUAUAAGAGAAUGGAAGAAUGAGGAGAACGACUGAAAAAUAAAGGAUUCUGCUCUCCAAAAACCCUAUUUUGAGGAUUUUAUCUGAAACUUUUCUGUCUUCGAUUGGAUCAAUUCUAAAAUUUAAACCACAGCCUGUUUACGUUCCAUGAAUCCUAAAACGUUCCCCGUUCUGAUAUUUCUUUCCUCUUUUUUUUGCACCCCUCUGUACAUAAUGUAAGGUUAUUUAUAAUUAAUUCCUAUCUGUUGCCUUGCUUUUAUUUUUUUAUCUUUCUCACUUUUUUUUAAGAUACUUGUAUAUUAAACUGUACUGGGACCAUUUUGAAAUGUAUUAGAUGUUUUUUUCCCCCGCUUUUAAUUCGGUAUUAUUAUUGUCUUACAAGCUUAUUUUUUAAUUUGCAUCGUUUUUUUCUAGUGUUUUGUUAAAUUUGAAUAUAUAUGUAUAUAUAAUUAUAUAUAUGAUGCAAAUUAUAUAUAAUUAUAUAAUGCCAAACGGCCUUUCUAAACAAGAUACUGUUCAAACCUAAUAAAAGUGCUUGAGAUUUUA